GCCCUAAGCCCACUUUCUUCUUCUCCUCCUUUUUCUGUAUCUCAUAAGUUCUAAGCUCUCGGUUCUCUUCGUGCUUCGAUAAUUCCGCUACUUCUACGUAUCUGUUCCAGGAGAUAAUGGCGGAACAAAUAAGCAUGGGUAUUCUCAUUGACAUUGUUGAUCAAGAAUGGAUGAGUGAUACACUUCCAGAUGAUGAUCUUCCAUUGCCGCCUGUCCACCUACCACAGAACGAUGAUACUGAAGAUGCAAAUCAAGAAGUCAAACAACCUGAUGAUGAUAGCUGGCAUGACCUUGCUUUGGGAACUCACUAGAAUGAUUUGAACAUCAUCCAACUUCUAGGUAAGAUUAUUUGAGGUUAUAAUUGAUGUCCGAAUUGUACAAAACUCUUGUAUGUAUUAACAUCUAUAUUCAAUCGAAUAGUCGGUUUGUGUG